AUGAAACUCGCCGUCUUCAGCGCCAAAUCCUACGAUCGCGCCUAUCUCGACGAGGUCCGCACCGCCCACCACCCCCAGCUCCGCAUCGAGUACCACGCCUUCGCUCUCUCUGCGGAAACCGUGCCCCUCGCCUGCGACUGUGAUGCCGUCUGCGUUUUUGUCAACGACACCCUCGAUGCCCCCGUGCUGCGUGCCCUCCACGAGGGCGGCGUCCGCGCCAUCGUCCUCCGCUGUGCCGGCUUCAACCAUGUCGACCUCGGCACAGCCGAGGAGCUGGGCCUUUUCGUCGCCAAUGUCCCGGCCUACUCCCCGGAGGCCGUCGCUGAAUUCGCCGUGGCCCUGAUCCAAACCCUCAAUCGCAAGACGCACCGCGCCUACAACCGCGUUCGCGAAGGCAACUUCAACAUCGAGGGCCUGCUUGGCUCCACCUUGCAUGGCAAGACCGUCGGCAUCGUAGGCGUGGGCCGCAUCGGGCUGGCAACGGCCCGCAUCUUCCACGGCUUUGGUUGUAAACUGCUGGCCCAUGACCCCUUUGCCAGCGAGGAGUUCCGGCCUUAUGGCGCCAUCGUCGAUCUGGAGACCCUGCUGCGCGAGAGUGAGAUUGUCAGUCUGCACUGUCCGCUGAAUGAGGGCACCCGCCAUCUGAUCAACGAGCAAACCCUGGCACUCAUGCGUCCUGGGGCCAUGCUCGUCAAUACAUCGCGUGGCGGAUUGAUCGAUAGUAGUGCCGUGAUCCAGGCACUCAAGACGCAUCACCUGGGCGGACUAGCGCUGGACGUCUACGAAGCCGAAGGCGAGCUUUUUUAUAACGACCACUCCGGCGAGAUCAUCGACGACGACGUGCUCAUGCGGCUGAUGACGUUCCCCAAUGUUUUAGUCUGUGGACACCAGGGCUUCUUUACGCGCGAGGCCCUCACCGAGAUCGCCGGGGUGACGUUGAGCAACCUCGCGGAUUUCACCAAUGGCCGCUCCUGUCGCAAUUCCUUAGUCGCUGAGGGCCAUGUCUUAGUGCGAAAUGACACCGCACCGGUGCGGCUAUAG